AUGGUCGCAAAGAGCAGUCAACUACAAUUAAGUGACUGUGGGUUGAAUUUAAGACGCCCAGCAUACACUGAUAUCUCAGUAACUUGCGGCACCAAAUCUAUUGGUCUGGCUAUCCUCAUCUGCCCUGCCAUUUACACUGGUUACAACGAGUCCCUGCUUAUCCUCAACAACAUCAUGAAUGACCCAGCCUGCAAGGGAACCGUGGAUAGAAAUGUGACUCCACCUGUCUUGAGGUUUGAAUUAACCCUCAACACGACCAAUUCUUGUGGCAGCCUCUUCAGGACAACCAGCGCUCCAGGCACAGGGAUAUUUUCUGACUUCUCCAACAUCCAGACAGUCAACAUCAGCGGUGUGGUCCGAUCAUAUGAUCCCACCACAGGGACAGUCACUUACAACACUGAGUUGAAGUAUUAUUACUCCUGUGCCUAUCCCCUAGAGUACCUGAUCAACAACACCCUAAUUGAUGUGUCAGCAUCCUCCAUUGCAGUGAAGGACAACAAUGGUAGUUUCAUCAGCACUUUGAGACUUGAACUCUUCAGUGAUGUCAACUACACUACUCCCAUGGUCAUUCCGAAACUGGGUCUUGAGCUGAGAACCAAAGUCUAUGCGCAAGUCAAGGCCACCAACCUGACCUCCCAGUACAAUGUGCUCCUGGACCGAUGCUACGCCUCCAUUUCUCCUCUACCCACUAACUCCACUUUCUUCAACCUGUUUGUCCCUUGCAACAAGGAGCAGAUGACCACCAUGCAUGAGAACGGGAAUAGUCAUAAUGCCCGCUUCUCCUUCCCAGCCUUCCGCUUCAUCGAACAGCAGAAUGAGACCGUUUCUACCUACUUCCUCCACUGCAUCACCCGUCUCUGUGAGAAGAGCACCUGCAGUACCUUCAUGCAAUGUAACAAAAGGAGGAGAAGGAGUGCUGUUCCUGCUCCCGAAGUUGGAGUGACAGAGUACAAAACCCUCACCUCCCCUCCCAUUACCACUAAAGCAGAGAGCAUUGUAGCUUCAAAAGAACAACUCAUGGGCAGCAACAACUCUAACUCCACUUCAGGUCUUGCGGUGACAGUGGGCUUCCUGGCCUUCGCCUGCAUCAUCGCCAUUGUGAUAGCAGCGGUCUUCUACAAGAGGCUCAACCAUUAA